AGGUGUCUGGGACCAAGUCAACAUUUAAAAGAUAAAUUUGGAAGUGGUUACCUAUUAGAAGUUAAAAUACAUUCACAAGUAAACGACAUAGAAAGCAAGAUGGAGGAAUUCGAAGCUCAUAUCAAAACUUGUUUUCCGAACGCUGAAUCUGCUGAAAAGUUUGGUGAUCGUGGAGUGUUUAAAGUACCGAAGGCUGACGUGAAAUCUCUCGCUGAAGCAUUUUCAUUUCUUGAAAAAGCCAAACAAACACGAGAUGUAGAAGAGUAUAGUUUUAGCCAGUCAUCUCUAGAACAAGUAUUUUUAGAAUUCGCUAAGAAACAAAAA